ACCCAGGUGAUGAGACUGACCCCUCCCCCUCCCCUGCCUGACGGACUGCCGGCUUCCCUGAGGAGGAGGAUUGGAGACCUGAGAGAGGCCUCUCGGCAGUUUGACGAGGAGGGAAGGAAGAAAUUCUUCACACUGGACAUGAACAACAUCCUUCUGGAUAUCGAGCUGCAGGUGCAGGAGCAGCCGCCCCACGUCCGAGCCGCUGUUUACUGCCACCUGGAGGCCUUUGUACCAUGCAACAAGGACAUGCUGCUGAAGAGAGUGAGGAAACUGAACUUGAACGUGCAGGAUGACCGUUUGCGCGCUCCUCUCCUCAAGCUCAAGCUGGCGGUCAGUAACGUGAUGCCUGAGCAGCUCUCCCGUUACCGUGACGACUGCCUUGCCCACAACCAGGCCAAGGUGGCCAAAGUAGCCAAGCUGCAAUCUGAGGAGGAUCGCGAGCGGAACGGCUCAGAGGAUGAAGACGACGAGAAGCCGGGAAAGAGAGUGAUGGGACCGCGCAAGAAAUUCCACUGGGACGAGAACAUCCGGGCUUUGCUGUGUAAUCUGGUGCAGAUUAAGCUGGGCUGCUAUGAGCUGGAGCCGAACAAGACCAUGACUGCUGAGGAUUAUCUGAAAAGCUUCAUGGAGAGCGAGGUGAAGCCGCUGUGGCCCAAAGGCUGGAUGCAGGCCAGGAUGCUGUUCAAGGAGAGUCGCUCGGUGCACAGCCGCGUCACUGGAAACUUACUCAAGAAGAAAAUUGUACCGACGCCAAAGAUCAAAAUCAGGGAUUCAAGUUCUAAGGAUGGCCGCUCUCUCCCCUCCCUCUCUGUUUUGGGGUCGGUGUCUCCACGCACACCUGCCUCCGCAGUGGGGACCCCGGCCCCCCAGUCUGCCCCUCACGGCCCCUCCACUAGCACCCCUCUGCCCCCUCCCCGGUACGAGACGAUCUGUCUGGACGACUCCCUGGAUGAGGACCUGUCCCCUUCUCUGGACUCUAUCUCUGAGGCGCUGGCUGUGCUGAGCAACGCUGCCCGAGGGCUGGUCUCCAACGCCAGCCCCCCCCCCCCUCCCCUCUCCUCCUCUCCCUCCUCCUCCCCCUCCUCCUCCUCCUCCUCCAGGGAGGACAAGUCUGCCAUGGGACCCCCGAGCAAGCCGGCCACCGCCCUCCCCCCCAAACCCAACCCUGCCCCCAAACUUCAUCCUAACCCCAAUCAAAAUCCCAAACUGAAUAUUUUAGCAGGUCUGUCUGCACCUCUGCAGAACCCGAAGCCGAGGUCCAGCCUAGCGCCCCCCAGCUCCCAGCCAGGGAAACAGCAGCCGCACAGCCCUGUCCUGAAACACUCACUCUCCUCCACUGCGCCCCCCGUCUCCCCGGUGGUCAAACUGCACUCCAGCCCUGGCAGCCCCUCCCUCCCGCAACCCCCCAGUCAGCUUCUGCACGGCUGCAAGCAGGGGGGCCAGGCAGGGAAGCAGCAGCGCUCUCACUGCAGCCCCGCCCCCCACUCCAAGCUGCAGGUGGCGCCCCCUGCCUCCCAGCCGAUGAAAUUGCACCCAGCCCACUCGCACUCCGUCAAUCUCCAGGCCUCGGCUUCACCCCCUGUCUCCGGAAAACUGCAACUGCAGAGCUCUCGUUCCCUUCAGCAGCCCAAGAGCAGCGCCCCCCCCCGCCCGCACCCCCCAGGGGUGCUCCAGACUCCCAGCUUUGUGACCUCCAUGCAGGCGACGCUCAGCAAGUCCUCGCUGAACCCCAUCGUGAAGCUGAGCAGCGCCCUGCCCUCCGCGGGCCCCUCCCGGGCCCCCCCUACCCCCAGCAGCAGCAGCAGCGCUGUGAAUAUUAAUAACGUCACGCCUGAGAGAGCCACCCCCCCCAGCUCCUCCCCCAGCCCGUCCCCCUCUCUCCCAGUGCAGGCCCGCGCUGUCUCCAGCAGCUCCUCCCUCCCGCCUGGGAGCUACAAGCCCCCGGCAGGGGGUCCUGGGGGUGCAUUUCGACCCCCGUACACCAGCUCGGGACCCUCCUCUGCUUACUCACCCUCCCUCCAGAUCAGAGCUCACUCCGGGCCCAGCGGGACCAGUCCCAGCAGCACAGUCAGGGGCGGGACUCCAGUCUCCCAGUCUCCUGGUUCAAACCCCUCCCCCUCCCCCGCCUCCACCUCUUCAGCAGCCAAUCAGAGGAGGUCCUGCCCCUCCCCCGCCAUCCCGCAGAGGGCGGGGCUCGCGGGGUCCAAGCCAGUGGCAGGCCGCUCCACGCCGGCCGUGAUGACGUCAUCGACGGUCCUGCAGCAGGCUGCGAUAACGCAGGUCACCUCGGGGGCGGGUGUGCUGGGCAGCUCCCCCCCGCUCUCCCUGAUGACCUCACCGCUGGCCGUGUCCAAUCCGGCGGGCUCGCUCAGCCCGUUCGGAAUGCUGGGGGGCCUGGUUCCGGUGUCGCUGCCCUUCCAGUUCCCUCUGGAGCUGCUCGGAUUCAACUCCUCCGACAGCUCAGGGGUGUCGGCGGGGAGCACAGCCUUCCCACACAAUCUCUCUCUAGAUCUCUUAAAAGGGUUGCAGGCGGGCUCCCAGCAUGCACUACCUGCACACUUGCAGCACGCUUUCUCAGACGCAAACCAAAGCCAAGGAAAUGAUGUGAAAAGGAAAUCCCACUGACCAAUCAGCAAGCUGAGACUGUUGAAAGAGCCCUACCCCUGAACAAGUCUGAAACUAACCAGGAACCUGGAAAUAAGAGAACGGGGGAGGGGCAGGGCAUUUUGGACGGCGGUCAUGUGACUGUUAUUGUUAUUAUUAUUAUUAUUAUUAUUAUUAUUAUUAUUAUUAUUAGUGUCCCUGG